AUGGCAUAUCGGUAAAUAUGCGUCAUCAUUUGGAACAAAAAAGUUUGGCCCACUCGUCUAUAUACGAGAUCCAUUCAUUUUCCACUCCUCCGUCGCCCCCAAACGCUCAGCAUCGUAGGCACUGUCCGGUAACCGACCGAGCAAAGCAAAGGAAGUCGGAGAUUAGCUAUCAAACCAAACAAUGGACGGACAUGAUUCCGAAGAUCCGAAGCAAAGCACUGCUGAUAUGACUGCUUUUGUGCAAAAUCUUCUUCAACAGAUGCAAUCCCGGUUCCAAACAAUGUCAGACUCCAUUGUUACAAAGAUUGACGAGAUGGGAACUCGGAUAAACGACUUGGAGCAGAGCAUAAAUGACUUGAGAGCAGAGAUGGGAGUGGAGGGCUCACCAUCUCCUUUGGCAUCCAAGCAAAAGCCGAAUGAAGACAACCGCGGAGAAGGUUCAGCUUAGAGUCAUUUCUUCCGUGUCAGAUGGUUUUAAUUUCAUGCGUACUUCAGUUUGUUUUUUCUUCUUUAAAAUGUGGUUUGAGAAUUAAAUUUUUAUAUCUACUGUUACUGUUAUUCCCACAUGCAGUUUCUCUUUGAAUCUGGUUGGGAGUAACUUCUGUCUUCUGGUGCUGUUGUAGAGGAAAACUUGCAAAUCUGAGAUGUUAUUUUAGUUAUGAUACCUGUUCAGUCA